UCGAAUUCUUUUAUAAGAUUUUUUUUAUUUUUUAUAUUAAAAAAGGGUAAAAAAUUAAGACUUAUUAUUAAUUAUAGAAAAUUUAAUAAAGUUAUAAAAAAGAAUUACUAUUUUUUAUUACUUAUUAUUAAGCUUAGAGAUUUAUUUUAUAAAGCUAAUUAG